AUGGAGUGGGUCAAUGAGACUGCGUUGAGAGAAUUUGUCUUCCUUGGCUUCUCCUCCCUGGCCAGGCUCCAGCAGUUGCUCUUCAUCGUUUUCCUGCUCUUCUACCUGUUCACUCUGGGUACCAAUGCCAUCAUCAUCAUUUCCACCAUUGUGCUGGACAGAGCCCUUCAUACUCCCAGGUACUUCUUCCUCGCCAUCCUCUCCUGCUCUGAGACUUGCUACACCUUCGUCAUUGUACCCAAGAUGCUGGUUGACCUGCUGGCUCAGAAAAAGACUAUUUCCUUUCUGGGCUGUGCCAUCCAGAUGUUUACUUUCCUCUUCCUCGGCUGCUCUCACUCCUUCCUGCUGGCAGCCAUAGGUUAUGAUCGCUAUGCAGCCAUCUGUAACCCACUGCGCUACACAGAGCUCAUGAGAUACAGGGUGUGUGUGGGACUAGUUGUUGCCGCCUGUGCCUGUGGCUUUACUGUUGCACAGAUCAUCACAUUCUUGGUAUUUCACCUGCCCUUCCACUCUUCCAAUGAACUACAUCACUUCUUCUGUGAUAUCUCUCCUGUCCUCAUGCUGGCAUCACACCAUACUCACUGUCAAAUUGUCAUCUUCAUACUCUGCAUGUUGGUUCUGGUUACUCCCCUCUUGUUGAUCUUGGUAUCCUACGUUCAUAUCAUUUCUGCCAUACUCCAAUUUCCUUCUACAUUGGGCAGGUACAAAGCUUUCUCCACCUGUGCCUCUCACCUCAUUGUUGCCACUGUCCACUAUGGCUGUGCCUCCUUUAUCUACUUAAGGCCAAAAUCCAACUACUCGUCAAGCCAGGAUGCUCUGAUAUCAGUGUCUUACACCAUCUUAACUCCGUUGUUCAAUCCCGUGAUUUACAGCUUGAGAAAUAAAGAGUUCAAGUCAGGUCUUUGCAGAGUUGUGGGAAGAACAAUUUCCCUGCCACAACAUUAA